AUGAUGAGGCAUCCUAAUAUUUUCAUACUCCAUGAGGAAAGUGAAAGUGAAGAUGAUGAAAUUGAUGAUCACAAUGAUGAAGAAAAUGAUCAUGAACAAGAAGCAGAGCUUUCAAAGAAGGGUUUCCCCGAAUAUCGAGAUGGAUGUGCACACGUUCUUGGUCAACAGAGAAAGAGUCAUCGAUUACUUGAAUUCAUUAGAAGGCAUAUUUCCACAGAUGGAAUGGCUUUAGGAAGUGUUUUUAUUUUAUACGGAUCUGUUAGUGGGCCGUCAAAAACAAAUUUUCUUCUUGCAUAUGAGUGUCCUCAAGAGAUUGGUUAUUAUGGGAUCUUAGUGAGCAUGAACUGCUUUGGAUCAUUUUCACAGAUUGCUUCAAUGGAACUCAUCCACUUGCAUCACGUACCUAUUGAUUCUAGACUCGCAAAUGUGUUGCUACAGAUCAAGUCUGAACUAAAUGUACACAUGAGUGAUAAUUCUUUGUAA